GCGUGCCGCCACCCUCGCGCACCCUUUCGCAAAAUCGCAGGGAUAAGAAAUGUGUCCCGCGCGCCGCGCCGUCUGUUUCCAAAGCGACCCCAGUACCUCUUAGCAACCACGCGAGGGGCCGAGGUGAGCCUCCUGAGCCUUUGCCAUGGCCGCGACCAAUCCCAGUGUCUUCCUGCUCAUGGUCAAUGGGCAAGUGGAGAGCGCCAAGUUUCCAGAGUACGAUGACCUCUACUGCAAGUACUGCUUUGUGUACGGCCAGGACUGGGCCCCCACAGCGGGUCUGGAGGAGGGAAUCUCACAGAUCACUUCCAAGAGCCAAGAUGUGCGUCGAGCCCUGGUGUGGAACUUCCCCAUCGAUGUCACCUUUAAGAGCACCAACCCCUAUGGCUGGCCACAGAUCGUGCUCAGUGUGUAUGGACCAGACAUGUUUGGGAAUGACGUGGUCCGAGGCUAUGGGGCAGUGCAUGUGCCCUUCUCACCUGGCCGGCACAAAAGGACCAUCCCUAUGUUUGUGCCAGAGUCUACGUCUAAACUGCAGAAGUUCACAAGCUGGUUCAUGGGACGACGGCCUGAGUACACAGACCCAAAGGUGCUGGCGCAGGGCGAAGGCCGGGAAGUGACCCGAGUCCGCUCUCAGGGCUUUGUUACCCUCCUUUUCAACGUGGUGACCAAGGACAUGAGGAAGCUGGGCUACGACACGGGGCCUGCAGACACACAUGGUAUCCCGGGGCCCAGCCUGCCCCAAGGCAUCUCUGGGUGAAGACACUCAGUCUGGCUGGGCAGCUGGGCAGCCCCGUUACUCAAGGACUUCUUUCUGGAGUCAGCCACUCACCCAUCACCCUGAAGUGCAGCCUGGUGCUGUGGAGCAUUUGGGGACAACAAAAUAGUUUUAUGUAAUAAAGUUACUUUUCAGAGAACCAA